AUGACCUCUGCUCAACGACACCGCCGCGCCAGCAUCCCUCCCAUACCUGACCUCCGUUUUGAGACGGCGUAUCUGAGCAAGAUACGGCCUUUUGUUCACCUUGAACGAGUGUCGGCCCCCCGCGAGGCUUCGGAUGACUUUGAGACUGUUGGCGACGACAUCUUAUAUGGGAACGAAGGAGAGCAGCCAGCAAGAGAGGUGCUGAAGAUUGAUUGGAAGAACGUCUUAUGGGUGACGUUCCGGGACCAGGUGCUGACUAUGUGGGUGCAGGGUGCGCUCUGGGCCAUCGUCGGCUUUUACCUACGGCCAAUAUACACCCAAGCUGGGAAGAGAUUCAAGCGCAAAGAGGGCGGAGCCGUGUCGUGGCUGAGGAACUGGGUCAAGCAGCUGGGCCUGUCCACGAGCACUGACCGAGCAAGAUAG